GAGCAAGAAAGACGCCUUGGCAACAUGUGGGGGCAUCAGCGGCAUUGACCAUGAUGACAUCUUGACCUUCGCUGCUGUACCUAUGUGUUGAAUUUAUUUCGCACGGCACGCAGCUAACCGUGCUAAUCCUAUUCCUGUUAGGGCCACGCAUGAUACCUGAUGUCGUCGCCCGGCCGUUCUGAGAUUCCCUGAAGUCAAGUUGAGUGUUGUUCUCUGUGGUGGCGACUUCAACAUUUACUCUCUGCAGUGGGGGGUGGGUGUGUGUGUGUGCCCUCCGUGGAGAGUGUCACGUGCUAGGUGUGUGUGUGCGUGCCUAUAUAUAUCAAGAGAGGGCGGUGCUGGGAUGCUGUGAUUGUGAAAACGCGCCACAUACUCAGCCAACCUGCUAGAGAGAGAGAGAGUGUUUCAUUUAAACGAGCUGUUUGUGCGACAGGCGGCGGGGAGCGGUGCGUGUGUUCUCAUGGUGAAGGACGCUGGGAGCCCGGUUCCUCUUCCCCCGAGGGGGACGGCUCCUGCAGUGCACCCCAGUCCAGUCCCCACCAACAACCACAAGGCCAGGGAGCAUGGCUCGCCCAAGCCUGCCCAGGCGUCGCCCGUAGCCGUGCCGGGCAACCGCAGGAAGGCACCGAUGCCGGCCGCGCAGCGCGAAUCCCCUCCUGGCCACGCCGCCUCCACCGCCGCCGCCACCGCCGCGAUCCCCGGCCACGCCGUGCUCCCUCGCGGCUCCGUGGCGCCUUUCAGCCUGCGCGGCCUCAUCACCGCACGCCGCUUCACCAGGAACCUCAAGGCGAAGACGGCGCAGAGGAUCGCAGAGAGGAAGCAGAUGGAGGGGCGAGCGGGCACGGGCGACCAUGGGGCAGAGGGUGGCUCGGCUGGGGCCGGCCACGAGAGCUUUCCCGUGGAGCGCCUGGAGCGCCUGCUGGAGGAGACGCUGACUCGGCACCUGGGGGGGGGAGAGGCCCUCGACGCGGCCGCCUGCGCUCGCCUCGCGCCGCUGCUCAGCGAGGAGAUCAAAGCUCGCGCCAAGGAGCAGACCCCCACGCGCUACAAGCUGAUCGUGAGCGUGACGCUGGGCAGCUGGGAGCGCGAGCAGGUGGUGGUGGCGAGCCGCUGCCUCUGGGACCCGGCCGCCGACGCCUUCGCCUCCCACCACUACCGCCGCGGGGCGCGCUUCUGCGUCGCGACCAUCUUCGGCGUUUACUACGAGUGACGGCCGCCGGCGCCGUCUCCCUGCCACCCCGGGCUCCAAACGAAAUCCCCGUCGCCGCGAACGUCACGUCCGUGGCGUGCGCUGGUGCGUGGGAUUCACCGAUCGGUGCCCCCCCCCACCCCUCCCUACUUUGCGCGACAUCAUCGGCCGUGAAUCGCGGUGCCAGCGUGGGAAGGAAGGAGCGUCGUCCGGGUCGUUUUGCACGGUGGCAGCGAUCGUGCGCGGUCGUCCGUGUCUGAGCGCAAGUAGGAAGGGUGCGGGGGUUGGCAUCGGGGGUGCGUGGUCGAGGCUGUCGAUGCGCUCGUCGCACGCGAGCGAUCGGUGGCGUCGCGGACAACGCCGCGCGUGUCAGGGCGGUGAGCCUGCAACAUUGUGGAGGGUCUGCGACCGGGUCUCGGGUAUCUGUCAACAGACCGAGAGUCGCUUUGUCAUCUUGUUAAAACACACACGCACGUACGUAUAAACAAAUAUUUUCUUUUAGUCUGAUCUAACUGCAGGGAUAAAUAGGAAUCUGCAAAAUCCAGCACAGGGCGUGAGGGGGUGGAGAGAUCAAAAUCGGCCACAGUCUCCCCACAGAUGAUCUCGACACAACGCUCAAGAGGCACUUUUUUAGGGUGGUUCAACUUGCUUAGGCUGAGUUAUGAAUUUUCGUUGUGAGCGUGGGCGGGAAGGCCAAAGCAUGGCUGCCUCGACUUGUUGGUCAUCCCAAUAACUACCAGGACACCGCUCUUCACGCUGUGAAACCAGCACUUGCAUCAUGAUGACAAGAUCCAUCAAUUAAAAUCUAUCCCUGCGCUUAUGUUGCACGGCAUAGAAACAUUCACAACUCGUGAAAUUUGCAUUUGAUUGCAAAUGAUAGGUUGAGUUAAGAUUGAGGCCAAUGACACGAAUGAAACAGAACAAACAUGACAGAUCAAGAGAAUUGCGUUCUCAAAUCGUGACAAUUCAUCAGAUCAUGGUGGGGGCUAGGGGCGGGGAAACGGGGGACAGGAUGGAAUUGUUUACACCCCUGAUGCCCACAAUGCCAACUCUCCCUGGUGGCUCUGGUCCAUCGGUAGCUCUCGGCCAGGGUCUCGUGAGCACUGCCUGACCCCGACUGUGAGCCCAUACGGUGAUAUGCACCGUCCUGGACCCGCUGCUAGGUGACGGUUACCUCCUGCACAUCUGUGAAAAGAGCUUUAUAGCUCAUCGGAUUCCUUUGGUAUAAAUGUUCUGAUUCUGAAGGUUUUUCAGAGCUCUUGGCGCUUGGCCUCUCGGUGGCCGUCAAGAGAAUCGAAUCGGGCAAAAUGGAAGUGGCUUUAUUUUCCGUCUGCUCCGCAUUGACUUCAAACGUCACCCAACCGGGACAUUGUGUGGGACUCCAGAGAGAGGGAUGUAUGUAUGUUGAACUUAUUUCGCACCGUACGUAGGCAGCCGUGCUAAUCCGAGGUUGGGGGAUAGGGCGGAACAACGAUGGGCCAAACCCACUUGUGAAAGUUUCCCCACCAGAUUUGUGAUGUCUACUCCAAAAAUAAUUCCCAUGUACUCGAACCGUAUCCAAGUAAUUUGUUGUGUAACAAAGCUCAAAAAAAUACAUGGAGCCUAACAUGUGAACCCAUGGGCUUGCUUUGACCAUUUCCAAAAGUGCACGACCAGAUCAACGUCCUGACGGGCAACUUAUACAAAGUGUCAAUCAAUUAUGUUACUAUUGAGAAAUGUUGGGUUGAGAUGGUGGCACAGGGGUUGGCACGCUUUGCCGUGGGUUCGGCUACCCGAGUUUGAUUCCUGGCCACAGCUGACAUCAGUAGUGGAAGAUAUUGGAACUGAUCCCAGGUUUCCCCUUUCACACAUUGGCCAGUGAGGUGAAGACAAACAACCUUCGUGACCGAUACAGCAUGAGGCGACCUUAGUCCAGCACUGGAUUGACAUAGGGCUGCGAAUUAUUCAACCAUUCACUGCAAUUUAGAGCGUUAUGACAACGUUUAUAAACAGGUGGGACAUCUGCCACCAGUGAAGCAGCAGCCAGAACCAACGCACCGCUGCUUAAGAGAGCAGGCUAGAUAUUCGUCAUCAUCAUCAUCAAAAUUUACCGCCCAACACUACUGCGCGAAUAACUGAGCUCAGAGGGCCUUGUACUCAUCCAGGUAUGUUUAAGAGGCUUCCACGAGCUGCACUUACAGGAAACCCACGAGGGUCAAGACUUCGAGCAGGGGGCAUCAAAGGGCGUCACGUGGAGUGUGAGAGUCACUUGAACAAUGGGGGCUCUCUCGCCCCUCGACAGUCACCUGGACCCAACGGUCUGCGUCACUGCUGAGAGAGUGUGUAAUCUGGUCGCUCAGCUGCCCGUUGCAGGUCGGCCUCACAAUUCAACCUGAGCACGCGACGCCUCUUGAUCAUCUCCAUCUUCUCUCGAGAACAAAUAUCUUGCUCGCCUCGGGCAUUGGCUCUCGGGCAGAGAUUUUCUUUUUGUUAAGUGCCAAACAGGACCUUCAAAUACCUUUCGUGGGCCACACAUGAACACACACCUCAGACGUGACCGCGCGAUUUAAAUGAGAAGCAAUGUUGUUGCCAGAUAAAACAUAUUCCCCUCUAGUACCCGAUUACUGCGCCCAAAGUUAUUGCAGUGAUGGAUGUCAUUUGCAGGCCAUUGUAAAGAGGUGCGUCUCAUGUGGCUGCGAGCCAAAUUCAAUGUUGCGUACGUUGAAAUUAUUUUCGCACCGUACGCAGCCAACCGUGCUAAUCGGAGUUGCAUUGUAAGGACAACAAACUAAACACAAAACGCAGUUCUAAAGAAAUGAGUUUUCACUCUAGAUUUAAAAGUGCAAAGCUCCAGUGUCUUCCUAAUAUCGGAACGAAGAGCGUUCCAGACGGCCGCAAGAGCACCGCAUCUGAAAGGCGCGCGAUGCGGUGACCACCGUCUUUGUUUGGUGGCUAUCCUGGGGCUUAAUCUGGACGUAUUCUAAGUACAUUGGCAGCUUUCAGUGCGUCUCGAUUGAAGACCUCCGAUGUAUUUUGAAAUAUCCUCCACUUAACCCCAUUCGACAUGGAUACAGAAGGUUCAAUGUAGAUGUCUUAUUUAUUGGAUGUUUAAAGAUUUAAUGACAGUCGAGCAGUGCUAAGAAUAUUCUUGGAAAUGUGUUCAAUCCUCAAAGAGUUGCCACAAUAAUCAUCUGCGGUCAGAGUUACAUGAAUUCAACCUUCGUCGGGUGCCAGCAAUGCUCUAGGUGUUCCCAGCAACGGUCUAUACAGUUCUUUGUAAGGACGGUUGUUUGUAAGGUUAUUCUGUUUUUUAUUGUACAGUGCCUUGGGACAUUUGUUUUUUGUGAAAGCAAUGUACAAAAUAAAACUAAAUUAUCGGCAUGCGAUGAUUCACACCACAGAGAUUCGACGAAUUGCCACAAUCCGGGAUCAUGAUUUGAUUUAAUAAUCGAAAAUGGUUGUCUUCAUUUUUACCAUCGUAUUUUUACUUUUGGUAUCGUUUGUACAAUUUUGGCCACUGGAUUCGCUGGGUGGGUGAAUAGUUCCAUGCAAGAUUGAAAACACCGAUCACUCGAGUUUCGGCAGCCGUCGGCUAGAUUGCGAAACACACAGCGGACUUUCCAACAAUAACUCCGGCAUUUGCAAGAUUGAAAAACUGUGCACCGGUGGACGCUUUGGCUUCAUUCAACGGCCUGUCACGUGAGCGCGUUUAAGUUUCACACUCUGGCUUGGCCAGGUAAGUGGCCCCAGUGCCAUCACUCAUGCGGCCAGCCACGGCUGUCGACCCCAUACGGUGUACCCGGUUUCUUGUACAGGAAAAUUGAGUUUUCAGGUCCAUACGGCGUACAGCCGUUUUAAUACGGGCACAAAAAAUGUCUGUCUGUUUGUGUUUCUCUCUUGUGAUGGGACUUUGUAGGAUGAACGUUGAGAUGUAUAAGGGGCACGGGGUGACCAAUACGGUCUGAUAAGGGGUUGACAAGUAUGGACAUGUUAACCAUGUGUAUUGUUUGCCCCAUUGUUGUUCAAACAUAUUUACAUGACGAUAACUUUAUGCAAUAGAGUAAAAUGCUUAAAAUUAAAUUAUAGUUUCCAUUUCGUACCGACACGUGUUUUGCUCGAAGAGGUAUUGGAAAUGUGGCGGCAGUCAUAUGCCAUCAAUGUGAAGACUCCUGUGGAUGGUGGCAGUGUUGUAGAGAAAUAAUAAUUUAUCCAUACUAUUUACUAAACUUUUCAAACAAAAAUGAUUGUAUUUGUAUAAAAAGGAUUCGCCUAAUGUCAGCGAGUUUGUUUUUUCCCUGUAAAGUUCAUAUCGUCACGUGCUUUUAUAAACUGUAUAUGUAAGUAUAUAACCCUGUUUUCACAUAAUUGUUUGCAAUGCAGAUAACUACAGUAAUUCUGAGCCACACAUAUCGUCAAACAUUACUGACAUUCAUUGAUGUAUUUUUUAAGAACUUAAACUGGAUUGUAUAUCAUAUCUGAGUCAUAAAGUAUUUUUUCAAGCUCAUUCGCAAAUACAAAUUUUAAAAAAUC